UAGGGACGAAGAAUAGAUUGUCGAGCGGAUUAAUCGGAAUGUAUUGUGUAACUCUUCGACUUCAUAUAAUCUGUACAUGAAAAAGAUUCGUGUAAACGUAACAAUCAAACAAUACAUAGAUAUAAUUUUGAAAUGGUACGGCACCAUCCUGAUUAUAAUGUUUUGAAACGUAGAUAUUAAACACUUCUUUUUGAAGCGUAAGUGUCACGUGAAUGCGUCAUACAUCUCACGCACGGUCCCCUACCCGUUCGUACCGAACUGGUCCAUGGUCUCACCGGCGCGGGAGGCGGAUACCGGACACGGUCCACACGCAAUCAUCGCUGAUCAUCGCGCGUGUUCGCCGUAGUUGUACUCGCGGGUGUCUGGACGGGCAUGAGCUUGUAUUGGCUUGUACUGGCUUGUACUCGGGAGAGAAGUGCUUCGCUCGGGAACCUGAUUCGUAGAGUACGUCAUCCCAGGGAAUCGUCAUAUCAGCGGCGCUUGUUCUCGCUCGCACGAGGCCAAGACCUGUCGAGCCGGAUCGAGCCGCGCACAGGUCGCGAGAGGGUGUGGUGCGGAGAUAACGCGACUUUCAUCCCGUCACCGAUAAGAGCUAGGGUCCCGUGCAGUCGCGUUCACGCCCCGAAUCGUCGCGGCGCGAGGUGAGCGAGCGAGAGUGAGCGUCCAGAAGAGAGCCUAUCGAGCCCUUUCCAUCGGGGGAUCAUCGACGAGUCGAGGAGGCCGUGUCGCUGUACCUGCCCUGUGACAAAGAUCGCACGUCGCGCCUUCCACGCUUCCCCGGCUUCCCCUCUUAACUUUCUCUCGCUCUUUCUCUCUCUUUCUAGAGAGAACGGGCUCCCGGAUACGGUCCUCUUUUCUCCUUCUUUCUCUCUCGAGUGCAGAAAGUGCGGACGUCGUGCUCGAGGUGCGCGUGCAGAACAGUGCAGGGUCGUUGCCAUUACGCUACGCGACUGCUGUCAAAGUCGCAGGCAGUCGCAGGAGGUUCGAUCGGGUCCGAGUGGCCUCCUGGAUCCACCUGGAUCCCGCUUGAUCCUUCAGGCGAGCUACCUUGCGCCGGGAUCACCGCGGCUUGUGCACGAACUUCCCGGAACUGGUGACUCGUGUCAGGAAAAGAGUUACGCGAUCGCUAGCCAGAGUGCGGACCUCUCGGGUAACUUAACCUGUCGUUGUCGCGCAGGAGGAUGUCGAACGUGGGCAAUUUGGAACAGCAGAUUGCGAGCCUGCAGAUCGGCGAUGAGGCGGCCAAGGGUGCCGUCAAACCCGGCAAGAAGAUCGGGCCUGCGGUGCCGCCGAAGCCGAAGAAAUCGCAGCCUCAGAUACCGCAAAGUUACACCAUAAAGACUCCGCCCGUGCCGUCAUACAGCACGGUUCUUAACAACACGUCAAGCGACAAGGCCUCGAAUCUGUACAUGAACGCGCCUUCGCCGUACGUUCCGCUGGACAUAAAGAAUGACUUUUCACAAAUGGUACCUGCGAAUGGCAAGGAGGCGUCGAAGAUUUAUCAAAAUAACGACAAUCUGUACACGCGCCAACCGGAGGAGAAGUUCGAGCCGAAGUAUAGAUAUGAUGAGAAGAACUAUUAUUCCAAUAUCGGGAACAUGCCGGCGCCCCAGGUACCCGUGCCGGCGGAUGAUCGUGCGAAUAGGGCGUCCAGAAACGCGGUCUACAGCAAUAUAGAACCGCCGGUGCCUACGGUGGUCUCCACGUACGAAUAUCCAUACGAAAUGGACAAGGAGAUCAUAUACAGCAACAUUCAGUGGAAUCCUAAAACGGAGAAUACGUACUGCAACGUUCCUGCCACGCAUGGGGCUGACGAUUUGCCACCACCGCCGGAACCGUCGGAGUACGUUUCCUGCGUACCUGGGAAUUCGUUUCCACCGCCUCCUGAUGAGCUGCCUCCACCACCGAGUCCCGUCUCAUCCAGUUACAGCGAGCUGAGGCGUGCCACCUAUCAGACUGAUUUUCCAUCGGGCAACUAUCCCGCCGAUAUUUACGGCCCGAGUUCUCAGUCCAGUUCGACGUACGAAUCCAUAUAUGAGCCAAUUAAUCCCAGACCACCGUCGCAAUUGUCUUGUAAUUAUUCCAUGUACUCCGGCUACGGUUCGGCUGCGUCUACUCAACCGCAGGGCAAGGUGUCUCCCGUUAAAGAAGUCGACGUUCUCACAGAUCUGUUAGUUCAAGGAAUGGAAGAUAACAACGAAGAUAGUGAUAUAUAUGGUAUCUGCGCGCAAUGCGGGCGCAAGGUCGAGGGAGAAGGAACCGGAUGCUCGGCGAUGGACAAGGUUUUUCAUAUAAAUUGCUUUUGCUGCUUCGUAUGCAAGGUCAAUCUACAGGGAAAACCCUUCUACUCGCUGGAAGGCAAACCCUAUUGCGAAGAGGACUAUCUCAAUACUCUGGAAAAGUGCUGCGUUUGCACCAGACCUAUACUGGACCGAAUAUUGAGAGCUACCGGCAAACCGUACCAUCCCUCAUGCUUCACCUGCGUCGUCUGUGGACAAAGCUUGGACGGUAUACCGUUCACCGUGGAUGCUACGAAUCAAAUACACUGUAUUCAGUGUUUCCACAAGAAAUUCGCUCCACGUUGCUGCGUCUGUAAACUGCCUAUAAUGCCCGAGCCUGGUCAGGAUGAGACUAUACGAGUGGUAGCGCUAGAUCGCAGUUUCCACAUUCAAUGCUACAAGUGCGAGGAUUGUGGAUUAGUACUGUCAUCCGAUUCGGAAGGACACGGCUGUUAUCCUCUGGAUGAUCACAUCUUGUGCAAGAGUUGCAACGCCACCCGCGUCCAAGCCUUAACGUCUCAUAUGACGACCGAAUUAUAAACCAUAUGGGCAUGACAAGCUUAUACACUUUGCACUGUUGAAACUCCGCGGGUAUGAAAGAAAUCAAGUAUUGUUGUGAUUAACUGUAUAGCGACAUAAGUACCGCUAUAUACACGGUAUCAUAGAUCCUUUUUUAUACAUUUUUCCAUUCCACUGUUACUAUUCACAUCUCAUGUAUUCGAAACUGAUAUUUGCUAUCCUAUUAUAUCAACGAAGAAACAUUUUUUUUUACAUAUUUUAGCAGAUUAAGGAAAUUUAUACUGUCCAUAUUUGAAGCUUUUUUACAAUUUGACACAAAAACAAUUGCCAGCAGUUUGUAUCUUGCUAAUCUUUAACGGUUAUAAGAUUGAUGCAUUAGAGUUCCGCCACUGCCAUAACCGAAGCAUUUUCUCAGUACGUUACAAAAUAACGUCGACGAAUUAAUAGUAGAUGUAAGCUCGACGUCAGAGGUAAUUUUCCUGCAGAUGUGAUUAUCAUUGUGAUUCUAGUAAAGUAUUCGAUGUAUCGUAAAGUAUUUAACGCGUAGUUUGUCGUCGACAGAGGAAUACCGCUUCGAUCCAUUUAUUUAGAGAUAGACAAUUUAGAUUCGGGGAGUAAGUAGAGGAUUAUUAUUGACAAUAUCGCGCCGAGAGAAAGCGUGCCAUUUCUUCUUGUAAACGUAUCUGUUAAAAUCGGAUCUUUGCAAGAUAUUGAAAGGAAAAGACGAACGCUCAAACGACCUUGCGAUGCAAACAGUUCCCGAACUCUUUCGCAUGGGUUAAGAUAUUACAUCGAGGAGAGAGACUUGUAUGAUCUCUGUAUUAUAGUAUCAAUAAAAAUACAGUUUGUUAUUUA